AUGGCGGCUCACAUGUCCAGCUUCAGGCGUUGGGGCCGCGUACAGAGGCUUGGCGUUGCUGCCUGUAGGCAGUACAGCAGUAGCAGUGGAUACCCCAAUGUCUCUCUGUCCUCACCGCUCCCCGGCAUUCCCAAGCCUCUCUUUGCUUCAGUUGAUGGGCAGGAGAAACAUGAGACUAGAAUCACCACUUUAGAGAACGGCCUCCGAGUUGCAUCUCAAAACAAAUUUGGACAGUUCUGCACAGUUGGUAUUUUGGUAAAUUCAGGUUCUCGCCAUGAAGCCAAGUAUCCUAGUGGGAUUGCACACUUUUUGGAAAAGCUUGCUUUUUCUUCAACAUCCCAGUACGGAAGUAAAGAUGAAAUUCUCCUGUCAUUGGAAAAACACGGAGGGAUCUGUGACUGCCAGACAUCCAGGGACACAACAAUGUAUGCAGUCUCAGCUGAAGUUAAAGGUUUAGACACUGUGGUUAACCUGUUGUCAGAUGCUGUUCUGCAGCCACGUUUAUUAGAUGAGGAAAUCGAGAUGACCCGCAUGACUGUGAGGUUUGAGUUAGAAGAUUUGAAUAUGAGACCCGAUCCAGAGCCUCUGUUGACUGAAAUGAUCCAUGCAGCAGCAUACCGUGGGAACACAGUUGGUCUGCCUCGUUACUGCCCUGCUGAGAACGUAGACAAGAUUGACCGGAAGCUGCUCCAUACAUACCUCCGGAGCUACUAUUGCCCAGAGCGCAUGGUGCUGGCAGGUGUGGGGAUCGAGCAUGAGCAGCUGGUAGAGUGUGCCAGGAAGUACCUUCUGAAUGUGAAGCCAGUGUGGGGCACGAGCACACCUGAGAAAGUGGACCGAUCUGUGGCUCAGUACACAGGAGGCAUCAUAAAGAUGGAGAAGGAUAUGUCUGAUGUGAGUCUUGGACCCACACCCAUCCCAGAGCUCACUCAUAUCAUGAUCGGCCUAGAGAGCUGCUCCUUUCUGGAGGAUGACUUCAUCCCUUUUGCUGUCCUCAACAUGAUGAUGGGAGGAGGAGGAUCCUUCUCAGCAGGCGGUCCAGGAAAAGGCAUGUUUACACGGCUCUAUCUAAACGUUCUUAACAGGCAUCACUGGAUGUACAAUGCUACAUCAUACCACCACAGCUAUGAGGACAGUGGGCUCCUCUGUAUUCACGCCAGUGCAGACCCCCGACAGGUGCGAGAAAUGGUUGAGAUAAUCACACGGGAGUUUAUCCAGAUGGCUGGGACAGCAGGAGAGAUGGAACUAGAAAGAGCAAAGACUCAACUGAAAUCCAUGCUGAUGAUGAACCUGGAGUCCAGGCCUGUCAUUUUUGAGGAUGUCGGACGGCAGGUUCUGGCCACAGGCAAAAGAAAGCUGCCGCAUGAGCUGUGCCAACUCAUUAGUAAUGUUACAGCCAGUGACAUCAAAAGAGUUACCACCAAGAUGCUACGUAGCAAGCCAGCUGUUGCCGCUCUGGGGGACCUGACUGAGCUGCCCUCCUAUGAGCACAUCCAGGCUGCUCUCUCUAGCAAAGACGGUCGUCUGCCUCGCAUGUACCGUCUCUUCCGGUAGGAGUUCGUCACUUGGCAGCAAUUAUGCUUGCUUAAACCAAGGACUGACCUAAGGUACAACCCGUUCACUGGCACUUGGAGUGCAGUGAGACAGUGGAGACGGAAAUUGCAGUUGUCUUUGCUGUAUAGAGCUCAGUAUAUUGACCUUAAAGCUACUCUUUAUCUGUGGGGAGGCACUAGAAGCAAGUUUCAUUUUGACCCCAAAGAAUUUAUAUUGACUAAUUUUUUGCAUGGUUUUGCUUUUAAUCCAGUGUCCAAAUUUAAUAAUGCUGGGCAGUUUUGCAUCAUGUCCUUCACACUGUAGACCCCUGAAGUCAUGUGUUGAAAAUCAGUGCUAUUGGGUUCUGUGGUAACCAAACGUUCCAAACCCGAUUCGUUGUGUUUUACAUACAUUUUCCACUGAAUGUCACUGGAUCCUCUGAAUUACAAGGUUGUUAAGAAGUCAAAACAUGAAUUUGCACUGCUGUGCACUGACUUGACAUCAUAAGUAUUUAUGCGUGGAUGCAAGUCUUUUAAGUUAUUAUUUAACAGUGUUAAAUAUAAUAGAUUUACUUCCAAGCAACAUCAUUUCAAUGUGCAGGAGCAGCAGCCUGUUAUUAGCAUGGAUGUAGCAAUGUUCAUAUUUUGUAUGAACGUAUGACAAAAUGCAUCGGGUUGGAACCUAUUGGUUAAUCUCAACGAUCUUAGGGGUUAAAACCAUGUAGCUUAUCACAGGAUGCAAUAGCAGACAUUUUCAAAAGUCCCGUACAUUUGUCAUAGAGAAAUACAGCUUUGACCCAGUGUUUUUAAUAUGGGAAUGAUGCUGAUUACAGAAACUGCAUAACUUCAGUGGUCUAUAAGCUGUAAUUUUGAAAGGUCUGGUUUGGAUACGUUAAUGUGAUGCAGUAGUUUAGUCCAGUCUCUUGGCCAGGUGCUGAUUAAGUGCAAUGAAUGUAUGUUGGAAAAGUUUAAUUGAAGAUUCUGUUUUAAAGUGAAAUUGGAUUCCACCAACAUGUGCGUCUGAUAGAGGCACUGGUAUAAAUACAUGAUCUUUCAUCAAUUUCAGUAAAUACUGUAAUGCAAGCUUUAAACAUUUUGGUUUUUUUACAGUUAUUUUACUUAUCACACUUUUUAGUGUGUUGCUGUGAUUUUCUCAAAAAAAAAAAACAAUUUAAAUCCAAUGUUGGCAUCAACUUCAGAUUUUUUAAAACUAAACUAUAUAUAAAAUGAUUAAUAUAACUUGUCUACCUUAAAGAUUUGAAAACUCAGGUACUGGAGAAAGUAACCAUGCAGAAAUCUCUUUAGGAGGAAUAAAUUAAGAACUUACUUUUCAAACUUUUCAAGACUUUUCAAGUCUGUUAUGAGAAAUAUAUAAAAACUUAUGUUCAGUUAUCUCAGAAGAAGUGACAAUUCAAUGUUGUUUCCCAAACUUUCAAGGUCGUAGUUAAUGUGCUAAAUAUACUACCAGGAUGUCGACAACCAUUUACAGACAUCUUUCAUAGAAAGUCUGAUGUGGAGUCAGUCUUAGUCUUAUGUUCACAUCAGUGCAUAUGAUGAAAUAUAGAUAUUUGUUCAUUUCGUCAUAGUUUUACAGUUUCUGUUAACUUCUUAAAUCUUAAUUAUGCUGUAACUCUAUGAUGUGAAGUUCCACAGGUCCUUUUCAGUGUAAAGUGUCUUUGUUGUUUUUGUUCAUAAAUGUGGUUUAUAUACAUGUUCA